AACAGAGCCCAUUGUGGUACUCAUAAAUUCAAGUUGUUGCUCCAGUUCUUAAGCACUAGAAACCAAGCGGAGACCAAAAAGCAAAAAAAGAAAAUUUUUUGUUUGUAACGGCUGGAGACCUGGAGUGAUGAGCAAUGCUGAUUGAUGGCAGAUGACAGAUGUGCAGUUCCUCUUCUGCAUGCCUUCCAUUUUUCAUAUUGCAAAAUGGCCGCUGAUGGUGCCGGUUUUGCUGAGCAAGAGUUAAUCAAGCAACUUGUUGAUGCUGGGAAUGAGCUUCUCCAGAACCCUCCGGCUUCAAGAGAGGAGCUUUUGGGAAAACUUGAAAGAUUAGGGCUUCUUCUUUCUAAUGUAUAUCAAGGGCAAUCUGGAUCAUUUCAUGAAGCACUUGAACCAUCAAUCAAGGCACUAUUUGGCGAUGGACUUGUACAACAUGCUGAUCUGGAAGUGAAAACCUCAACAACAUACUGCUUGAGUGAGAUUUUGAGAAUAACAGCUCCAGAUCAACCAUGUGAUGAUAAAUCAAUUGAGGAGUUUUUUCAGCUUGCAAUAAUGGCCUUCGGGAAGUUGGCAAACGUGGAGGAUCGCUGUUAUUCAAAGGCUGCAUCAAUUCUUCAGACUUUUGCUAAGUACAGGCUGUGUGUGCUAAUGUUGGAUCUUGAGUUGGAUGCGUUGAUUCUAGAGAUGUUUCAGCUAUUUCUGAGUUCCAUUUGCCCCAACAAUGCUGAUGCUCUAUUACCAUACAUGGAGGCAAUCAUGACAAUUAUAAUAGAGGACAGUGAAGAAAUCUCAACGGAUCUUCUAAAUAUCCUCCUAACUAGUGCAAACAAGGAAAACCAGCAGAAUCCUUUGAAUCUUUCUUAUGUGCUGGGAGAGAGAGUCUUUAGGAAUAGCAAUGUUAAGCUGCAACAAUAUAUCCCUGGAGCUGUGAAAUCCUUGGGUAUUAACAUCAACGAUUAUGCUGAAAUAGUGGAAUUAUCAUGGCGGGAGGCAAUUGAAAGAGAAAAUUUGGAUAAGAAGGAGCUUGCACCAAAUUCUGCUUCUCCUAGAGAUGUUGGCACAACUCAGAAGUUAUCAAGCAGUGAUUGUCCGAGAGAAAUUCCAUCCUCGGAUUUGGCCAAGGCUGCACAAAAGAGCCUCGCUCCUCCAACUAGAAGAAGAGGGCGUAAGCCAAAUUCUUUGAUGAAGCCAGAGGAAGGGUAUGAUCACACUUGGAUCAGCAUCGAAGGAAAAUCUGAUAAAACUCCCUGCCAAGGGAAAGUGAGCAAAAAAAGAAGUGGUCGUCCUCGUAAACAUUUGGUUUCUAAGGGAUCACAUUUCACAUCAGGUACGAGUGAGGCUGAGAUCUUAAAGCCUACCGCAUCGCAAAGUCUCAACACUAUUGAAGACUUCCGGACUAGAGAAAGACGUGCAGAAGAGGAAAACAAACCAAGUGACGGUGAACAAUUGAUGCCAGUUUCAGAUUCGCUAAAAGGUGCAGAAGAGGAAAAGAAACCAAGUGAUGGUGGUUAUCGUUCUGCUUCUACUAAAAAACAGAUCAACAGUGGUGAAACUUCCAAAAAGCGUAAGAGGAAGUAUUCUCCUUCAGAAAAGGCGCCAAGAAAGCAAUCUGAAAAGCUGGUUGGUAGCAGAAUAAAGAUUUGGUGGCCAUUAGAUCAGACGUUCUAUGAAGGUAGUAUCAAAUCUUUUGACUAUUUCAAGAAGAAGCAUGAGGUCAUUUAUGACGAUGGAGAUGUAGAAUAUUUGGAUCUUUCAAAAGAACACUGGGAAUUAAUCAGAGAUGUUAAGUCAGCUGUUGAUGAACAAGAGACUGUGGCAGGUGUUGCCGAUUUAUCUGAAACAAAGCUUGACCAUGUAACAAAUUUGGAUCGCUCUGCAAGAAGUACGUGCAAGGCUCGGGAUGGUGCUGAAUUAGCUGUAGAGAAACGAGAAGUUGAACAGCGCAAGGCUUCCAGAAGCAAUUCAGCGCCAUCAACAUCUGAAAGGGCAGAUGAUGCUUCCGUUGAAUUACGUGUUGUGAAACAACAAGUUGAAAAGCGGAAAGUCAUCAGAAUAAAACCAACACAUCAAAGGGUUCGGGACGCUGCUGCUGAAUUAGCUGUAGGGGAAGAAGGUGAAAAGCGGAAAAACAAAAGGAGACGAACAAAGAAGGCAACCCCUAGAUUCUCAGUCCUUGAUAGCGAAAAGGUGAAUGUUAAAGGCUAUCAAGUGAAAGCCAGUGCUGCUUCUAUAUUGGAGGAGAUUUUCGAAAAGCAUGGAGAUAUCGCUGCCAACUGUCCCUACCCAUCACGGGGGUUUAGGGCCUCCGUCUUUGAGGUAAUCUGUGAUGUCAUCAGACAACUGAGAACUAAUGAUUGGGGAACCAUUGUUUCGAUGGUUGGACAGAUGAAGACUGAAGUCUCUGACACUGCAGCUGCUGCUCAUCUCGAGGUCUCGUGGCUGAAGCAGAUUCUCGAUGAUAUUCCAACCGAGGGUGAUGGGCAGCUAGCGAGUGUAAUCACAAACACUUCACUUGUUAGUAAAGCAGCCAGGAAGGACUUGACACAGAGAAAAGCCGAGCUUUUGAUUGCAGAGCACAGCUACGAGGAGGCCAAAAGACAGCUUGAGCGUGCUGAAGAGAGUAAACGAACAGCAGAAAGGGCAGUCGAGGUUCUUGAAUCAGUGAAGAAAAAGGCCCAAAAUGACAUAGUGUUGAACUUCAACAAACGGAAUGAUCUGCAUAACAGGUUCUUUACUCUCCAAUAACCUCCCGGGGCCUGCUCUAUCCCAAACCUCCUGUGUAUCAAGUUUUCAGACCUUCGAGGGCUUCAGAGUAAGGGAGAAUAAUUGUGAAGAUUCGGGGAAAGAGCUGUUUGCUGAGAAAUCCCAACGGUGUUGUUCUGAGCCCAGUCACUGAUAUGACAGUUUCCCCAUGGUGGUGGAUGAAGAGCCACUGAUGCUCUAGGGAAUUAGUUUAGAACAUUUGUCUGUAUGUAUGUUCCUUUUUAACUUGUAAAUAUGAUUUUGGAACCCAAUGAAAGCCUUUGUUUAUCCUUCUCAAUCAGUA